CUUCGCCCUCGGCCGCCUCGCCCGGUUCUGCCUCCUGCAACGAACCGACCCGUGUGUCAGCCUCAUCCUUCCCGGAGAGGAAGUUAGAAUGUCCGCGCCUGGCCGGCCGACGUGGCUCGACGUGGCUGAUGCCUGAGGAACCCCCUUGAAGGCCGAAGCCUGAAAGCGGAAGUGACGUCAGCGGGCGCCGGCCCCGCAGUGUAGUGUCAAGUGCCUUCCUCAUGGUGCACCUCUCCCCGCCUUGGGUGGAUUCUGCGUGCGGGGUCUCCCAGUGGUGGCAGCGGACCCCCGUAAAGGGACCAGGCCGGCUUCGCUGGCGUGUCUAGGGCCGCGCAUCCUUCCCGGCUCUCGGGUCCGAGAGGCGCCGGUGGCGCUGGGUCAGGAAGUGUCGCCGGGGCGCGCCCUCCGGGUGCUUUCUUCCGCGGCUCUCCUCUUUUCCAAAGCCUGCAAAGCAGUCUUUCCGAAAUUGUUUCCCAGAGGGAAGAGAAUUUCCGCGAUUUAGUAACGUUGGCUCCAGACUCAGUGCCCACUCUCCUGACGGAUUGGCAUUCUGGCGAGUUCAGGCUUUCUUCUGUCUAGGGGCCCAGUCUGCCUUCUUCAAGAAAAGAUUAAGACAGAAAGGAUGGUGGCAGACUGUCUGACAAAUUGUUAUCAGGACCUGGUGACUUUUUUUUUUAAGAACUUGGUGACCUUUGAGGAUGUGGCUGUGGACUUCACCCAAGAGGAAUGGAUUCUAUUGGAUCAAAUGCACAGAGACCUGUACAGAGAUGUGAUGCUAGAGAACUACCGGAACCUGGCCUCAGUAGGAUGUGAGCCCAUUAAACCUAGUCUCAUCUACUGGUUGGAACAAGAAGAGGAUCUGUGGACAGUGCAGAGUGGAGAUCUCCAAGAAUGGAAAAUACUACUUAACACCAAAGAGGCAACACUUCAGCAGGAUUUUUUGAGGGGACAGACUUCCAGUGGGAUACAAACAGCAGGACACCACAGUGCAGGGGAACUUUGUGACUAUAUGCAGUGUGGAGAAAUCUUCAGUGAACACUCAUAUUUCAAGACUCACAUGAAAACUCAAAAUACAAGGAAUGCAGGGCAUUUUACUCACUCUACAAGUCCUGCCGUGCCUGUUCAAAUGCGCACAAUGAAAAACAAUGCAUGUAAGGUUUGUGGAAAAGUCUUCAGACGUUCUUCAAACCUUAAUAGGCACAUGCGAACCCAUACUGGGGAGAAACCCUUUAAAUGUAAGGAAUGUAGGAAGCCCUUCACUACUUACUCACGGCUAAUGGAACAUUUUAGAAUUCAUACUGGAGAAAAACCCUAUAAAUGUAAGGAAUGUGGAAAAGCCUUCACUAAGCGCUCAGGCCUUACCACACAUGAACCAACACAUGCUUCAGAGAAGCCCUAUGAAUGUAACGAAUGUGGGAAAGCCUUCGCUUCAUCCUCACGCCUUGCUCAACAUGUAAGAACUCACAGUGGCGAGAGACCCUAUAUAUGUAAGGAAUGUGGAAGAGCCUUUCUCACUUCCUCAUAUCUACGUAACCACAUAAGAAGAACUCACAGUGGGGAGAAACCCUAUAUAUGUAGGGAAUGUGGAAAAGCCUUCCAUUCUUCCUCAUACCUACGUAGACAUGUAAGAACUCACAGUGGUGAGAGACCCUAUAUUUGUAAAGAGUGUGGAAAAGCCUUCCUUAAUUCUUCAUACCUACAUAAUCAUGUAAGAAAAACUCAUAGUGGAGAGAUACCCUUUAUAUGUGGUGAAUGUGGUAAAGUCUUUCAUGCUUCCUCAUACCUACGUAGACAUGUAAGAACUCACAGUGGAGAGAGACCCUAUAUAUGUAAGGAAUGUGGGAAAGCCUUCCUCAAUUCCUCAUACCUACGUAAACAUCUAAUCAUUCACACUGGAAAGAAACCCUAUGAAUGUAAGGAAUGUGGGAAAGCCUACAAUAGAUGCAAUCUAUUACUUGACCAUUUAAAAACUCACAUGGUGGAAAAGCCAUUUGAAUGUAAUGUAUGUGGAAAAUCCUUUCAGUAUUUCUCUUAUCUUACUAAGCACAUUCGUAUUCACACAGGAGUAAAACCCUAUAAGUGUAAGUACUGUGGGAAAGCCUUCACCACUUCUUCAAGCCGAACUGAGCAUGUAAGAACUCACACUGGGGAAAGGCCUUAUGAAUGUAAGGAAUGUGGGAAAUCCUUCAGUUCAUCCUCAAACCUAAUUCAUCAUGUGAAAAUUCACACAACAGAGAAACCCUUUAAGUGUCAGGAAUGUGGGAAAGCCUACAGUAAGUUUUACCUACUAACUGAACAUUUAAUAACUCACACUGAAAAGAAACCCUUUCAAUGGGAGGAAUACAAAAUAAAAGAUGAGAGUGCAAGAAAAGGCUCUAGGGACGUGGGGGGCGGGGUUCCGGCCUAUUCCGCCGUCCCCACCCUCGCGGGGGCUCGUCCCGCUGUACCGGCCCAGGGCAGCGUCAUAACAGCCUGUGACCCCGCCUUGCUUCUGCCCUCGCGUCCCUCGGCGAGCCGACGUCGGGGGCCCUUCCCCGUGCACGCUGGACUAAACCAGAAUCCCGGCCUUAUCAGGUUCAAUUGGUCUGAGAGUCGUGUUGACGUCGCGGUGUCCUCCCUCCUCUUGGACCUGGCGACUGCUGCGAGUCGGGGAGCAGUUCUUUUCAGGGAUCCAUUCAGCCUACUUGAAGAAAAGAUAAAAGCAGAAAAGAUGGCAGACUGCCUGAUAAACUAUUACCAGGACUUGGUGACCUUUGAGGAUGUGGCUGUGAACUUCACUCAAGAAGAGUGGAUUUUAUUGGAUCAGACUCACAGAGACCUAUACAGAGAUGUGAUGCUGGAGAACUACCAGAACCUGGUCUCGUUGGGAUGUGAACCCACCAAACCCAGUCUCAUCUCAUGGUUAGAACAAGAAGAGGAUAUGCAGACAGGAGAUCUCCAAGAAAGGAAAAUGCACGUUAGCACUGAAGAGGCAGCAUUUCAGCAGAAUAUUUUGAGGGAACGAAUUUCCAGUGGGAUACAAAUGCAGGUGGGAAACCAAAGUGCAGGGGAACUCUGUAACUAUCUGCAAUAUGGAGAAAUCUUCAGUGAACACUCAUAUUUCAAGACACACAUGAAAAUUCAAAAUUCAAGGAACCCUUGUGACUCUAAUCAGUAUGGAAGGUAUUUUCCUACUCCUCACAAAACCUCUACUGAACAGACACUCUCUGCAUUGAGUCAGUGUGAAAGAGCUUUUAGCCUGACUCCAAAUGAUGUUUACCAGAAAACCAUCACACAAGACAAAUCCUUUGAAUGCAAUGACUAUGCCUUCCUCAAUCAGCCAUACUUUCAGGCUUAUUUGAGAAAUCACAAUGGAGAAAAACUCUUUGAAUUGAAGCAGUAUGCAGGAGAUUUUACAUUUCCCACAAGUGGAACUGUGCCUAUUCAAAUGUAUACCAUAAAAGCCUAUGAGUGUAAAGUUUGUGGGAAAGUAUUUGGAUAUUCUUCAAACCUAAAUAGUCACAUGCGAACCCACACUGGGGAAAAACCCUAUGAAUGUAAGGUUUGUGGAAAAGUAUUUGGUUAUUCUUCAAAUCUUAACAGUCACAUGCGAACCCACACAGGGGAGAAACUCUAUGAAUGUAAAGAAUGUAGGAAGUCCUUCACUACUUCUUCAAGCCUAACUGAACAUUUCAGAAUUCAUACUGGAGAGAAACCCUAUAAAUGUAAAGAAUGUGGAAAAGCCUUCACUAAACGCUCAGGCCUUACCACACACGUACAAACACACACCGGAGAGAAGCCCUAUGUAUGUAAGGCAUGUGGGAAAGCCUUUACUGCCGCUUCAAACCUAACUGAACAUUUAAGAAUUCAUACUGGAGAGAAACCCUAUCAAUGUGAGGAAUGCGGUAAAGCCUUCCAUGCUUCUUCCUACCUGCGUAAACAUGUAAGAACUCACACUGGAGAGAAGCCCUAUGAAUGUGAAAAAUGCGGGAAAGCCUUCCAUGCUUCCUCAUACUUACGGAAACAUGUAAGAACUCACACUGGAGAGAGACCUUAUCAAUGUAGAGAAUGUGGGAAAGCCUACAAAAGGUGUUACUUGCUAACUGAACAUUUAAAAACUCACACGGUGGAGAAGCCCUUUGAAUGUAAGUUAUGUGGAAAAUCCUUUAGAAGUUCUGCCUGCCGUAAUAAACACAUUCGAAUUCAUACUGGAGUAAAACCUUAUAAAUGUAAAUACUGUGGGAAAGCUUUCACUGUUUCCUCAAGUCUAGCUGAACAUGUAAGAACUCACACUGGAGAGAGGCCCUAUGAAUGUAAGGAAUGUGGGAAAGCCUUCACAACUUCCUCAUGUCUCAUUGUGCACAUAAGAACCCACACUGGAGAGAAACCUUAUGAAUGUAAGGAAUGUGGGAAAGCCUACAAAAGGUGUUAUCUGCUGACUGAACAUGUAAAAACUCACACAGGGGAAAAGCCCUUUCAGUGUAAGGUAUGUGGAAAAUUUUUUGGAAAUUCCUCAUGUCUUAAUAAGCACAUUCGAAUUCAUACUGGAAUAAAACCAUAUAAAUGUAAGUAUUGUGGGAAAGCCUUUACCGUUUCUUCAAGCCUAGCUGAACACGUAAGAACUCACACAGGGGAGAAACCCUAUGAAUGUAAGGAAUGUGGGAAAUCCUUCACUACAUCCUCAAACCUAUAUCACCAUGUAAGAAUUCACACUAGGGAGAAGCCCUGUAAAUAUCAGGAAUGUGAGAACACCUAUAAUAGGCUUUAUUUGCUAACAGAACAUUUAAUAACUCAAACUGAACAGAAACCCUUUGAAUGGAAGGAAUGCCGAAAAUCCUUUAGGAGUUCUUCACGUCUUAAUCAUCACACUGGAAUUUUUACUGAUGAAAAACCUUAUUAAUGUGAAGAAUGUGGAACAGCCCUCAAUUAUGCCAGUUUAUUUCAAAGGAUUGAAAGACCUCUAUUCUCAAGAUGCCCCAUGAAUUUAAGAAUUGUGUUAGAAUCAUUGGAAUCUGAUCAUGAUGCAGUAUUGUGAGAACUCAUCCUGGAGCCAUAUAAUGUAACAAACAUGAAAAUCCUAAUUCUCAGGGACCUAUUAAAAAUAUAGGCUCUUCCACUGGAGAGAAAACACUGUUGAUGUAUGAUAUGUGGAAAAGUUGUAAUUGUUAAAUACUUUGAUGUUCAUUUGACCUCACAGUGGAGAAAAACUUUAUUGUAAAGGCAAGGAAGGAUGCAAAGUCAAUUUUUUACAUAUUAUCCUUCAGCCUUUAAAAACAGCGAUUUACACACAAGAAAAAGUAAAUGUUUAGAUAUGGAAAUUGCAUCCCCACCCCUGAAAUCUUGUAUGUUGACAGACAUACCACCUUCUGAAUGAUUCUUUACAUUUAUUUUGAAUAUUUAUGAGUCCACCUUGAUCAUUCCUGGUGGGAUAUAUCUGUUUCUUGUAUAGCAAAACCAUUCCAGUCAAGGUGCUAGACCUUUCAGGUGGCAUCUAGCCAAAAAUGAGCCUUUUGGAAACAAAAGUAUCCUAUACUAUUUGUUUAUUUGUUGUUCCUGGGAUUGAACUCAGGGCCUCACACAUGCCAAGUAUAUACUCUACCACUGAGUUGCACCCCCAGCACAAAUCCUAUUUUAGCAUUGAAGAUUCUCUCGUCAUGCUUUUAAACAUGGUUCACUAAUAGUAACUCAUACUAGCCAAAUUUAGGCUAUAAUAUAGAUCUCAAUGUUGUUCAAAUGCUCUUGCUCUUCUCUUACCUAAUUUUUUUAUUCAUAUUAAAAAGGGGCAUGUGGAAAAAAGGUUGAGUGAAUAGCUGGUAGUGUGACAGACCUCAGUUUCAUGGCUGUGGAGGGAGAGCCAGAUCCUUGGACCUGAGAAUAGGAAUUCCUUUAACUCAGAGAGGGAGGGAGGGAGAGACCUAUAUUUUCUUUUUCUUUAUAGAUUCACUCCAUGAUUGGAAAAUAAAUCAUAUUCCUGAGUCAAACAACAGCUUGGACUGACAACUAGACCUUCUGGAUUUGCCCUUUCAUGUAAGAUGAAAAAUAGCAAGAACUCUGGACAUGGCUGGUAUCAUGUUCUGCUAUGCUGGAAAUCAUCACUGACUUUGAAUAUGGCCUUUCACAGACCAACUCAACCAGAUUUCAGUCUGAGUGACCCAACAUUUAUAUAUGCUUGAGCAACUUUGGAUUCUGUCAUGUGCUGCCAUCAGGGCUGCAGCCCUUUCUUUGGCUUUUAAUCCAGCCAGUGUAGAGGUAUUCCAAAUCACACUAAACAAUAAUCCUGAACAGAAGAGACCUGUGCACUUUCAUGUUCCAUGUGUUUCUUGUGAGGAGUGGUAAUGGAAUGGUUCUCUUGUGGGUGUGAGUGUUACUGUUAGGCACAAUUGUUAUUGCCAUUACCUAUUGGCAAUGACAAUAAAGGUGAUCACAUCAAUCUGGA